AUGAUUCUUAACACCUCUAAAACAAAAGUCAUGCUUGUUGGUAGCUCUCGUAAACUAUCUACUCUUGAACGUGACAUUUCAAUCGAAGUAGGUAACACAAAGUUACAAACAACUGAUUCWGUUAAACUGCUUGGUGUCCAAAUUGAUCGAUCGCUAACAUGGGACUCUCAAAUUGAUAGUAUUGAGCAUAGAGUUUCACAACGUAUUGGCUUACUUAAAAGGAAUAAGAGGUAUAUACCUCAUCCGGAGAGAAUUUUGUUUUACAAUACACUUAUUAAGCCACUUAUCGAGUAUUGUGCCCCUGUUUGGGGAGGUUGUUCCAAGGAGGGUAAAUAUCGCCUUCUUAGAUUGCAGAAAAGAGCAGCUAGAACAAUAUUUGAUGCAGCACGUGAUGCACCUUCUGUCCCUAUGUUUAACAAACUUGGUUGGAUUCCUAUUAAUGAAUUGUGCAAUUACUUGACCGGUGCUCUAAUGUUUAAGAUCUUAAAUGGGAUUACUCCUAGUUAUCUACUCAAUUACAUUAAACCCAUGAAAAAUGUUMACAAAUUUGAAACUCGCUUUUCUAAGUACAACGUUAAGGUACCGAAAAUAUCAUUGACUACAGCUGGAGGCCGCUCAUUCAGUUUUAGAGCGUCUACUUUAUGGAAUUCCUUGUCUGUAGAAUUGAAAACUGCAUCUUCUAUAAAUAAUUUUAAAUCUAAAUACUUAUCGAGUAUUCUUUUAAACCAGGAAUCAAUGGACCAYUUUAAGAUUUAG